AUGGCACUCCGACGGCCACAUCGAAAAUCAAGACAUGGGUGUUUGGAAUGUAAAAGAAGACGAGUAAAGUGCGAUGAAUCUAGACCUACUUGCUCCAAUUGUGCAAAACGUCAUGCGGAAUGUGAAUAUGGCUCAUCUACCUCCCUCCUCUGGGCAAAUGAAGAGCCCACAGGCACGCGAUCAGUCUUCCGCACCUCAGGUUCAGAGAGCGGUCACCCAACAGAGUCAAUCCUAGGAUCACCAACAGCAUCCGACUCCCUCGGAAUCCUAGGCAGACUCAACAAUGCAAAUGCAAAUCCCGAAUCCGCCACAGCAACAAUCAUCCCAAUUCUCAACCUCCAUGACCUGGAACUAAUGACCCAAUGGUGCAACACGACCUAUUCCUCGCUCUCCCGGAAUGAAACCACGGACCAAAUCUGGCGCAAUGCCGUCCCCCAGGAAGCCCUCUCUCACCCCUUCCUAAUGCACGGCAUCCUAGCUCUAUCAGCUCUCCAUCUAGCCCGCAUGGGCCCAGACGCCUCGCGACGAACAGCACAUCUGAACCGUGCCGUCGCGCACCAAAACCAAGCCCUAACCCUCUUCCGAGAACUACUAAGCGACAUCCAAGAAACCAACGCAAAAGCAAUGUUCGCCUUCGCAAGCAUAGUAGUCGUCUACACAUUUGGUUUUCCCCACUCACCAGACGUUCAAGAUCCCUGGUCCUGCAUAGACGACUUCCACCAGGUCCUAGUUCUAACCCGAGGAAUCCAACAAGUGAUCAAGUCCCCGACAACCUUGCUCAAGGAAACAUCCUUCGCACCAAUUUUUAACGUGGACGAAACUCGUGCUCCUCUCCCUGAAGAAACAAGAACAGCCCUCUUCCAACUCCAAGAAGCAAAUCGCACAUGUGGAGCUCAAGACCCAAACCACGAAACAGAAAUCUACGCCAUAACAAUCGACAAAAUGGCCGACAUGCUAAGCUGGACUUACGCGGGUGUCACAGCUACCGUUGUAGCGGGGCGAUGGGCAAUUGGUCUUCCGCCACGGUACUUGGAAUUGCUGCGGGAGCGGGAAUCAUUUGCACUCGUGAUGUUAGCGCAUUAUGGCGUGCUAUUGCAAUAUUUAAAACAUCGGUGGUGCUUUGACGAGUGGUGCGUGCGUGUGGCCAAAGCUGUGUGGGCGAUCUUGGACGAUCAGUGGAGACCCUUGAUUCAUUGGGCGAUGCAAGAGAUCCUCGGUCAGAAUUACUUGGAACGGAUUGACACUCUUUGA